AGAUAUUUGUAAGACAAAUACAACCUGUUUAGAAUUAUUUACACAAAGGCAAGGAAGUAAACCAUCAUAACUCUUUGGACCAAAAUGCGUAGUUAAAUUGGGGAGGAAUAAAGUAUGGAGGCAUUAUAGACACGCCCCCUUUAGUAUAUAUUAUUCCCCUCGGCCGCCUUCAACUGCAAUGAACUUAUAUUUCCCCAGGAGAAAAUUUCUGUUCAAUAUUAUAUUUAUUGUGAUGAGGUAAAGAAAUGACGACAGACAGCCCUAUGCUGAUUUCCACUGGUGCUGGCCCUGUGUGUUUCGGAGACGUUUUGUGUCCGUCUGUCUGUAAACAGCCUGAAUCUCUCAGCUCCACCAGGAGUUUAUCGUGUGACCGAGACGACAUUUUAUGUAAAGAAUGUGACGACAGUGACGAUAACGUGUUUUAUGACGUCAAACCGAAAGACUCUGGUUACAUCUGUCUACAGAGCGUGCCCCUCCUAACGUCACGAUCCCCAUAUCACAGCUCCUCCUCAGAAGGGCUGCCCCAGGACGGACCUCUGGACCUCAGGCAACGCCGGUCCAGCUCCUCUCAGGCCAACGAGACCGAAAACGAACCCGUCGCCGUUCAAAAAUUACGUCAUAAGCGAAUGUUUACGAACAGUCGUGAACGCUGGCGACAGCAGAACGUCAAUGGUGCGUUUGCCGAUCUAAGAAAACUGGUUCCGACUCAUCCACCAGAUAAAAAACUCAGCAAACAUGAGAUUCUUCGUUGUACGAUACGUUAUAUAAGACUUCUGGAAAAUGUUCUCGAAUACCAGGAUCACGGUGACGUCAAGCGCGUGAAAACUGAACAAGACAUUACAGAGGGGUGGAAAAGGGAUUAUCACGACGAGUCUUCAGAUGAUGAGAGUCUUCAUUCAGCAUAAAAAAUAUAUUUUCUUCACAUGAUUUAAUCGUGACAGUGUUCUUUUGUAACAUAUCUAACGAUGUAAAAUGGGCGAGAUAAUGUUAUUUCUGUGUGUUUGUGCAUAUUUCUUUUCAUGGUUUUAGAGAAAUACAAUCUACAUGUAUACUG